AUGGCCCCUGCAGGCACCGAUGGGGACACCAAUGGGGGCAUCAAUGGGGCCGUCAAUGGGGCUGUCAAUGGGGCCGUCAAUGGGGCUGAAGACCUUGUCCAUGGUGGCAUCUCCAAUGGGAACGUCAAUGGGGACAUCUUCAAUGGGGACAUCAAUGGGGACAACAUCUUCAAUGGGGACAUCAAUGGGUGCGUCAUCUCCAAUGAUGGCGUCUCCAAUGGGGACAUCAUCAAUGGGGACAUCUUCAAUGGGGACAUCGAUGGUGGCAUCUCCAAUGGGGACAUCUUCAAUGGGGACAUCGAUGGUGGCAUCUCCAAUGGCGGCAUCUCCAAUGGUGGCAUCUCCAAUGGAGACAUCUUCAAUGGGGACAUCUUCAAUGGGGACAUCGUUGGAGGCAUCUCCAAUGGGGACAUCUCCAAUGGGAACAUCAAUGGGGACAUCUUCAAUGGGGACAUCGUUGGAGGCAUCUCCAAUGGUGGCCUCUCCAACAGGGACAUCGCCAAUGGUGGCAUCUCCAAUGGUGGCAUCUGCAAUGGGAGCACCAAUGGGGGCAUCCCCAAUGGCUGCAUCUCCAAUGACAUCACCCCCAACAACAGCAUCUCCAAUGGGAGCAUCAAUGGGGACAUCUUCAAUGGUUGCAUCUCCAAUGGGAGCAUCAAUGGGGACAUCUUCAAUGGUUGCAUCUCCAACGAUGGCAUCGCCAAUGGGAGCAUCAAUGGGGACAUCUUCAAUGGUUGCAUCUCCAAUGAUGGCAUCGCCAAUGGAAGCGUCAAUGGGGACAUCUCCAAUGAUGGCAUCUCCAAUGGGAACAUCACUGGGGGUGUCUCCAACGGCAUCAUCGCCUACAACAGCAUCUCCAAUGGUGGCAUCUCCAAUGGGAGCAUCAAUGGGGGCAUCUCCAAUGGUUGCCCCUCCAACAACGACGUCGCCAAUGGUGGCAGCAAUGGGGACAUCUCCAACGGUUGCAUCUCCAACGACGGCAUCUCCAGUGGGAGCAUCAAUGGAGGCAUCUCCAACGAUGGCAUCUCCAAUGGUUGCAUCUCCAGUGGUGGCAUCUCCAAUGGUGGCAUCUCCAAUAGGAGCCUCAAUGGGGACAUCUCCAAUGGUUGCAUCUCCAACGAUGGCAUCUCCAAUGGUUGCAUCUCCAAUGGUGGCACCCCCAAUGGUGUCAUCUCCAACGAUGGCAUCUCCAAUGGUGGCAUCUCCAAUGGGAGGAUCAACGGGGGCAUCAAUGGGGACAUCUCCAAUGGUUGCAUCUCCAACGAUGGCAUCUCCAAUGGGAAGAUCAAUGGGGACAUCAAUGGGGACAUCUCCAAUGGUUGCAUCUCCAACGAUGGCAUCUCCAAUGGGAAGAUCAAUGGGGACAUCAAUGGGGACAUCUCCAAUGGUUGCAUCUCCAACGAUGGCAUCUCCAAUGGGAAGAUCAAUGGGGACAUCAAUGGGGACAUCAUCUCCAACGAUGGCAUCUCCAACGGGAGCCUCAAUGGGGUCACCCAUGGGGACACCUCCACCGGCUGCCCCUCCACCGCCGCCCCCCUCUCCCCCCUCUUCCUCCUCCACCUCUCCCACCACCCCCGGUGGCCCUUCCCCCACCCUUUCCCCUUCCUCUUCCUCUUCCUCCUCCUCCUCCUCCUCCUCCCUUCCCCCCCCACCCACGCCGCCACCUUCAAGGUGGGGGUCAUGGGGCCCUGGUCCUGCGACCCCAUCCUGGCCCGGGCCCACCCGGAGCUGGCCUCUCGCUUGGCCACCUCCCGCCUCAACGGGGACCCCAACUACAACCAAGCCUAUUGGUGGGACGCCGUGGUCCUCUCGGAAGCUUGCUCCACCCCCCAAGCCACCAUGGGGCUCCUCAACGUCGAGCGCUACGCCUCCUCCUUGGUGGGCCCCAUCAACCCGGGCACUUGUGGGGCAGCCGCCCUCCUUAUGGCCGCUUGGAACAAGCCCUUGGUGGCCUGGAGCUGCUUAGGGGGCGCGGGUGACGGGGAGGGGUUGGAGACGUUGGUGCCCCCCAUGCCGGGGGCGGUGGAGGUGCUGCACGCGGUGCUGAGCUUCUUCCGCUGGGCCCACGUGGCCGUGGUGGCCGCCCCACAGGACCCAUGGAGGGAAGUGGGGCAAGGGGUGGCCCAAGGGCUGAGGGCCAAGGGCUUGCCCGUGAGCGUGGUGGCCGUGGCCGGGGCCGAGGAAGAGGAGGCGAAGGAGGCGUUGAGGAAGGUGAAGAGGGCGGAUGGAGUGAGAGUGGUGCUGAUGUGCAUGCACUCGGUGCUGCUGGGCGGCGAGGAGCAGAAAGUCCUCCUGGAGACGGCCGAGGACAUGGGCAUGGCCGACGGCUCCUUCGUCUUCAUCCCCUACGACACCCUCACCUUCCCCCUGCCCUACCAGAGCCUCGCCUACCCCGGCUUGGCCAACAGCACCCGCCUGCGCCGCGCCCACGACGCCGUCCUCACCAUCACCAUGGACUCGCCCCACGGCUCCUUCCACCAAGCCCUGCUCCGGGCCCAGGAGGCCAAUGAGGUCCCUGCUUACAUCGAUCCCAUGCAGGUCCACCCUCUCUUCGCCACCAUCUACAACUCCAUCUUCGUGCUGGCGGCGGCGGUGGAGGCCGCGCGCCGCGCGGGCCGUUGGGUGAUGGGCACCAGCGUGGCCCAGAGCUUCCACGACCUCCACGUCGAUGGCUUCUGCCAAAGCUUCUCCAUUGACCAGGAUGGGGCCGUCAGGGUCCCCUACGUGGUGCUGGACACCGACGGUCAAGGGGACCGGUUGUGGCCGGUCUAUGGGCUGGAGCCGGGGACGCGAGGCCUGAGCCAACGGGAACGGGCCCCACAUUGGCCGCGCAGCUCCAGCCCCGGCACCGACGCCGGGUGUUGGUUCGAGACGGGCUCCAUCUGUAAUGGGGGGCUGGACGCCACCGUUGUCCUCCUCAUGUUGAUCCUCAUCUGCGCCCUGGCCGCGGCCGGCGCUGCCCUCGCCUGCUUCAUCAGGCGCCGCAUCCAACAGGCCCAGCUCAUGAAGGGCCCCAACAAGAUCAUCCUCACCAUGGACGACCUGACCUUCAUCAACACCCACAGCUGCAAGCAGGUCGAUGGCAGCAGGACCAGCCUCGCCGGCCCCAGCAGCGGUGACAACAAGAGCACCAAGAGCGCCGCCGCCACCCCGGACACCACCAACGUGGCCAUCGCCGAGGGAGAUGAGCCUCUGAGGGCCCACAACCACCUCCCCUUGCUCCUCCUUUUGUUUAACCAGCAGGGCCUUGUCGCCUCCGUGCAGGGUGACUGGGUCUGGCUGAAGAAGUUCCCUGGCGACGAGCACAGGGAGGUGAAACCGGCCACCAAGUUGGCCUUCUGCAAGCUGCGGGACCUGCGCCAUGAGAACGUCAACCUCUUCCUGGGCUUCUUCCACGACUGCGGCAUCUUCGCCAUCGUCUCGGAGCACUGCUCGCGGGGCAGCCUCGAGGACCUCCUGCGCAACGAGGACAUGAAGCUCGAUUGGAUGUUCAAGUCCUCCCUGCUCAUCGACCUCAUCAAGGGCGUGCGCUACCUCCACCACCGCGACGUCGUCCAUGGGCGCCUCAAGUCCCGCAACUGCGUCGUGGACGGGCGCUUCGUGCUCAAGGUCACCGACCACGGCUACAACGAGCUCCUGGAGGCCCAGCGGGUCCCCACCCCCCCUCUGCAAGCACAGGAGCGCCUAUGGACAGCCCCAGAGCUGCUGCGGGACGAGGCCCUAGAGCGGCGCGGCUCCUUCCGUGGGGACGUCUAUGGGAUCGGGAUCAUCAUGCAGGAGGUCAUCUGCCGCAGCGGGCCCUAUUGCAUGCUGGGAUUGCCUCCCGAAGAGAUCAUCGAGAAGGUGAGGAAGCCGCCCCCCUUGUGCCGCCCGGCCGUGUCGGCCGACCAGGCCCCAUUGGAGUGCAUUCACCUGAUGAAGCAGUGCUGGAGCGAGCAGCCCGAGCGCAGGCCCACCAUCGACCAGGUCUUCGACCAGUUCAAAGGCAUCAACAAGGGCCGGAAGACGAACCUGAUCGACUCCAUGCUGCGCAUGCUGGAGCAGUACUCGAGCAACCUGGAGGACCUCAUCCGCGAGCGCACCGAGGAGCUCGAGCUCGAGAAGCAGAAAACAGACCGGCUCCUCACGCAGAUGCUGCCCCCGUCGGUGGCCGAGGCGCUGAAGAUGGGCACGCCGGUGGAGCCCGAGUACUUCGAGGAGGUGACGCUGUACUUCAGCGACAUCGUGGGCUUCACCACCAUCUCGGCCAUGAGCGAGCCCAUCGAGGUGGUCGAUCUCCUCAACGACCUCUACACCCUCUUCGACGCCAUCAUCGGCUCCCAUGAUGUCUACAAGGUGGAGACCAUCGGCGACGCCUACAUGGUGGCGUCGGGGCUGCCCAAGCGCAACGGGAACCGGCACGCGGGGGAGAUCGCCAACAUGGCGUUGGACAUCCUCAGCUCCGUGGGCACCUUCAAGAUGCGCCACAUGCCCGAGGUGCCCGUGCGCAUCCGCAUCGGCCUCCACUCGGGCCCCUGCGUCGCCGGCGUCGUGGGCCUCACCAUGCCCCGCUACUGCCUCUUUGGUGACACCGUCAACACGGCCUCGCGCAUGGAGUCCACCGGCCUCCCCUAUCGGAUCCAUGUGAACGCCCGCACCGUCGCCAUCUUGCACGCGCUGCAGGAGGGCUUCAAGCUGGACAUCAGGGGCAAGACCGAGCUCAAGGGGAAGGGGGUGGAGGACACCUAUUGGCUGGUUGGACGCGAGGGCUUCACCAAACCCAUCCACCCCCCCCGACCUCCUGCCUGGCGCCAGCAACCACGGCAUCAGCCUGGACGAGAUCCCCGCCGAGCGCAGGAGGAAGCUGGAGAAGGCGCGGCCGGGGCAGGUGCCCAAAUAAGGCAGGGACAGCGACGGCUCCGCUCUGAUUGGUCGACGUCCCCCCACCCCUCCAGUGACGUCACAGGAAGGCGACGCGCAGAGAGCCCGCUGGCGGCGGCCAUGUUGGAUCGACGCUCGAUGGCAGCGGCCAUCUUGGGCGGCCGCUCUUAA